AUGAAAGCAAUUUUACCCGGUUAUGCCAAACGUCAAGGUGUUGGCUUGCCACCUACUUUCCCAUUUCCCGACAAUUUUGGUAUUCCGCGUAAAUACAUCUUUGAUGCUGAUCAACAAUAUGUCGAUUUGACUGGAGAACAUGAAUGGCAAGCUCCAGGUCCAGAUGAUCAACGUGGUCCUUGUGCUGGUUUGAAUGCUUUGGCUAAUCAUGGAUUCAUCAGCCGUGACGGUGUCGUUGACAGGAAUGAUGUUAUCAAUGGUAUCUCAAACGCAGUGGGUUUAGCACAAGAUGCAACUAUUUUCUUAGAAGCUGCAACUUCAUUCUUCAACGGUGAUCCAGUCACUGGUAAAUGGUCAAUCGGUGGUUAUUCAUCCAAGGUUGCCACCCUUGGUGCUUUACAAGAAGACUUGUUAGGAAGGCCUGCAGGUAUUUGUGGUCUUGGUCAUUUACGUUCUGAAGGUGAUUCAAGUAUCACACGUGGUGAUUUCAGUCAACCAACGGGACCAAAUAACAAUUGCGAAUCUUAUCCUCAAUUUACCAAAGAAUUACUCGAUCUAGCCCGUGAGAAAUACCCAGAAGACGGUAGAAUCACCCCAAGUAUCUUGGCUGAACAUCAAAACAGACGCAAAUUAUACUCUGUUGCCAAUAAUCCAAAUUACUUUUCACCUCCUUAUGCAGGUGUAGCUUUCACUCCUGCCGCUCAUCAUUUCGUCUUUGUUUUAAUGGCAAACAAGAGUGAAGAAUUCCCUCAAGGUUAUUUGUCCCCUGAAAACUUUUUGUCUUGGUUCGGAUACCAAGGUGAUCCACAAGGAGACAUUACAUACACAUAUGGUCAUGAACGUAUUCCUGCUCCGUUCUACAAGCGUCACCCAUUGCAAGAAUGGACAUUAGAGGAUAUCCUCAUCGGUGUUAGUCAACAAGUGUUGGCAUACCCAAACACAUCACAUAUUGGAGGAAAUACUGGUAAAGUGAACAGUUUUGCUGGUAUCAAUGUUGGUGAUUUAACGGGAGGAGCAGGUACAGCAGUGACUGAAUUUGCCAAAGAUCCAAAAACGAUGGGAUGCUUUAUCAGUCAAGCCUUACUUUCAUCUUCGCCUACAUUUUUAUCCAAUUUCGAACCUGCUCAACGUGCAAUCAUGCAAAACGCAUACAACAGUAACUUAGUGCCUGCCCUUUCAAGUGCUUUUGGUGAUUGCACUGGAUUCCAAAACGGAAAAGAUAUUCAUUCUUACAGUAACCAAUUCCCCGGUAUAACUGCAGAUUUGAAUGAUGCCAGUCGAGCAGAUUCUCCUAGCCCCUAAAGAUGUAUG